CCGGGUGCGGCAGGUGAGCAUCACCUGCGGGGCAGCCCCGCUCCCGCCUGCUCCGCCGAUCCCCCUGCUCUGAUGCCGCUCUGGAUGUCCCGGUGAGAACUCUUAGAGAUGCCUAUUCUCUCCAGAGGCAGUGACCAAGACUAUAGCAACAUUAGCUACAACUCCUGCAAUUCCUUGAGCCACUUGUUUCCCAUCUGCGUGGAAACCCCUUCUGUCAAGGGGGUCCAUUACCAGAGAGCCAGGAGGAUUCACCACCCUGACCAAGUGUCUGCAGUCGACCUGAAGACAGAGAUCAUGAUCAACGUUGGGGGCAUCAAAUACUUGCUGCCUUGGAGUACUUUGGACGAGUUUCCCCUGACCAGACUGAGCAAACUGAAGCUUUGCAGCAGCUAUGAAGAGAUCAUCCAGCUGUGUGACGAUUACGACGAGGACACCCACGAGUUCUUCUUUGACAGGAACCCCAACGCUUUCGGGAUGAUUGUCAGCUUCCUCGCAGCAGGGAAGCUGAUGCUCUUGAGAGACAUGUGUGCCUUGUCUUUCCAGGAGGAGCUCAGGUACUGGGGCAUUGAGGAAUCCAACCUGGAGAACUGCUGCUUUCGGAAACUCUUCCAGAAGCUGCAGGAGCUGGCCGAGAUCCGCAAAGAAGAAGAGCUCCGGAGGAGCAAGGAGGCUUCGUGUGUCUUGGAUGAGAAAACCAGGUUUGGGCAGUUCAUGAACAGGCUCAGAGAUAUGGUGGAAAAUCCCCAGUCAGGACUGCCAGGCAAAGUCUUUGCUUGUCUCUCCAUCCUCUUUGUGGCCACCACAGCCGUCAGCCUUUGCGUGAGCACAAUGCCAGACUUGAGAGCUGAAGAAGACAGGGGCGAGUGUUCCCAGAAGUGCUAUUACAUCUUCGUCAUCGAGACCAUCUGCGUGGCUUGGUUCUCCCUGGAGUUCUGCCUCCGCUUCAUCCAGGCCAGGAGCAAGUGUCAGUUCUUCAAAGGACCCCUGAACAUCAUCGACUUCUUGGCCAUUUCCCCUUACUACGCCUCCCUCAUCUUCUCCGAGGACGACUCCAGCGAGGAGGAGGACAGGCCGAGCAGCAACACGUACCUGGAGAAGGUGGGCCUGGUGCUACGGGUUUUACGUGCCUUGAGGAUCCUGUACGUCAUGCGCCUUGCCCGCCACUCGCUGGGCCUGCAGACCCUGGGCCUCACCGUGCGCAAGUGCACGCGGGAGUUCGGGCUGCUGCUGCUCUUCCUGUGCGUGGCCGUCACCCUCUUCUCCCCCCUGGUGUACCUGGCUGAGAAUGAGUCAGGCAGGGUGCUGGAAUUCACCAGCAUCCCUGCCUCCUACUGGUGGGCCAUCAUCUCCAUGACCACCGUGGGCUACGGGGACAUGGUGCCGCGGAGCGUGCCGGGCCAGAUGGUGGCUCUGAGCAGCAUCCUCAGCGGGAUCCUCAUCAUGUCCUUCCCCGCCACCUCCAUAUUCCACACCUUCUCCCACUCCUACUCCGAGCUGCGCAAGGAGCACGAGCGGUUGCAGUCGCGGCUGAGCCGAGCCAAGAGCGCCAACCGCGCUGGGGAAAGUGACACCUUCAACGAGACGGACAGCCUGAUCCUGGAGGGACAGGCCUCCCCCAUCAAAUACAUCUACACAGGGAACUGAGCCUGGAGACCAUAUCAAACACAUCUGCACAGGGAACUGGGCCUGGUGUUCUCCUCAAACACAUCUACAUGGGGAACUGGGCCAGGCCUGCCCCAUCAAAUACAUCUGCACAGGGAACUGAGCUGGGAACCACAUCAAAUGUAUCUGCACAGAGACCUACCUGGGCCUGGAGAUCCCAUCAAAUACAUCUACACAGGGAACUGAGCCUGGAGACCAUAUCAAACACCCCUACACAGGGAACUGGGCCUGGUAUCCCCCUCAAACACAUCUACACAGGGACCCGGGCCUGGUGUCUCCCAUCAAACACAUCUACACGGGGACCUGGGCCUGGAAACCCCAUCAAACACAUCUACAUAGUGACCUGGGCCAUCUACACAGUGACCUGGGCCUGGAGACUACAUCAAACACAUCUACAUGGGGACCUGGGCCUGAUAUCCCCCUCAAACAGAUCUACACAGGAACCUGGGCCUGGUAUCCCCCAUCAAACACAUCUACACAGGUUAGUGAGCCUAGUAUCCAUAACAAAUACAUCUACACAGGGAACUGAGCCUGAAACCACAUCAAACACCUCUACACAGGGACCUGGGCCUGGAGACACCAUCAAACACAUCUACACAGGGGUCUGAGCCUGGUCUGGCCCGUUCCCAAAACCACAGACAGAAAUGUGCACGUGUACAUCAGCAAAACACACAAAGCAAAACAACAGCACAGGUUACAGUGCUAUCCUCUCUCCUGGCAUAGGUAUAAGCAGCAGCCAACCCAACAAAGCCAGCUCCAAAAAAUCCCCGUGGAGCUGGAGGUUGGGAGAAUGUAAAAAAGCCAGAGUUUAUUCAGUGAUAAAUGCUCAUUCUUCUCUAUGACUACUAAGAAUAAACUUUGUCUCUACCACUCAUGCAUCUUGCUGAAUACCUAACACUGAAUGAGUAACAAACAAACCAGCUUCUGUUGGCACAAACACACUUGUUAUUUCAUUUGCCUUUGAGUUUCCAGUGUUCUUGCAAUGAAUUUCCUGAGCCAGGCGUUAGGACACAUUCUUUCAGGGCUACACACCAGUGUGGUUAUCCACAGCUCAUCCACCAGGCAUACAGACACAAAUCCAAAUUCUGUAUUUAAAGCCAGUAACAAGCUUAAAAUAAAAAUAAAACUGCUGUAUGUGACAGCUUUCAAAGUUUGCCUGUAGCCAGAUGAUCAAUCUGUACCUAACAAAUUGCACUGCUUUGUAUAAAACACUGUUUGCAAGAGCAUUUGCUUGAAAUGCAGUUGUGGUCUGCAGACUG